CAGCAGACGAUAAAUUACAGUUUACGUAUCAAUAGACGCAAAUACACACACAGGAUGAAUCGUGCGUUCGUUUCAGUUGUGAUAUUCUUAUCAUUACACUUGUCAAGAGCUACACCUCUUGGUCAUGUAACAUCAAAGGAUAAUAAAGAAAUGUAUUUUAAAACAAUGUUAGUUAAUUACCAGGAUGAAAUUACGUCAUUAAAAAUCAAUAUUGCCGCUUUAGAAGAGAGAGUUACUAAAUUAGAGACGGGAAAAGCUUCUCAUGUAAUGUUAUCGAAUCAAGUUGAAAAUAUUGGCGGUGGAAUCAACGAGAAUCAUAAAAUAAGUAAAAGGGCAAUUUUCGGACGAAGGAAACCGGAAGUUGCAUUUCAUGCGACACUGACGAAACCUUCUGCUACGGUAAAAAUGUUAGAGAAUAUAGUCUUCAACAAUGUCAUAACAAACAUCGGCAAUUCUUAUAAUCAUCAUACUGGGGUAUUCACUGCACCUAUACAUGGAACUUAUACGUUUAACACAGACAUUGUUGCAGAAAGAGGACAUUAUGUUGAAGCAAGUAUUGUACGUAAUGGUAAAGUGGCUGUUUCAGCAAUCAGUGAUCAUAGAUUUUCACAAGAUGGAAAGCAUUUUACCACUUGGGAUCAAGGAAACGCAGUCGCGAUUUUAAGAUUAAAUAAAGGGGACAAAGUGGCCGUGACAUUACAAUGGCCUGAGGGAAGCCAUGGUAUACACGGUAGAGGAAAAUCAAGUUUCUCUGGAUAUCUACUGAGAUAAGAAAGCACUAAAGAAAACUUGAACUAGACUGAAGAUUUAUCAAUAGAUGGAUGUUAUUUAUUACCUAUGCAAAAUAAUAAUUUAUUGUUUACAUUGCAUGCAUCGUUUAAUAGUUUACAUUGCAUAAUGAUAUAGCGUUUUUGACAUGUUUUGGAAGAUAUACCUAUGUUGUACUUUGAUGGGUUACGUGCCAAACUAUUGUAGCGUAGUUUAUAUAAUUGCUUUGAUUUAUACAUAAUGUAAUGAGUUUUAUUGGAAUAAACUUUGAUAUAAAGAAAGGAAGCUGUAUCAUUCAUGUUAUUUAUUUGUAAAACAUAUUGUGUUUAAUAAAUGAUAAGCUUGAAUUAA